AUGGCCGACGACCAAGAUCUUUCGGAGGUGGAGAUGAGCCCAGUGGGGUCUGAAGACCACCACUGCCUCUCACCAGGACCCUCCAUGGCAUCGGACAACUCCCCGCACCUCACCAGCUCUGGGAACGGGGAGAUGGGGAAGGUCAAGAAGGAACAGCAAGACUCGGAGGCAGAUGACGACAAGUUCCCAGUGUGCAUCCGUGAGGCGGUUAGCCAGGUGCUGAGUGGCUAUGACUGGACCCUGGUACCCAUGCCUGUCCGGGUCAAUGGAAGUAACAAGAGCAAACCCCAUGUCAAGCGGCCCAUGAACGCCUUCAUGGUCUGGGCACAGGCUGCCCGGAGGAAACUGGCUGACCAGUACCCGCACCUCCACAACGCCGAGCUCAGUAAGACCUUGGGGAAGCUCUGGAGGCUGUUGAACGAAAGCGACAAGCGGCCCUUUAUCGAAGAGGCGGAGAGGCUGAGGAUGCAGCACAAGAAGGACCAUCCCGACUAUAAGUACCAGCCCCGCCGGCGGAAAAACGGCAAGGCCACGCAGGGCGAGGGCGAAGGCCAGGUGGAGGGGGAGGCUGGCGGGGCUGCGGCCAUCCAAGCCCACUACAAGAAUGCCCACCUGGAUCACAGGCAUCCUGGCGAAGGGUCGCCCAUGUCCGAUGGUCAUCCAGAACAUUCCUCAGGUCAGAGCCAUGGGCCCCCCACACCUCCUACCACCCCUAAGACCGAGCUGCAGGCAGGCAAAGCCGACUCCAAAAGAGAAGGGCGUUCCCUGGGGGAAGGGGGAAAGCCACACAUUGACUUUGGCAAUGUGGACAUCGGGGAGAUCAGCCAUGAAGUGAUGUCCAACAUGGAGACCUUUGAUGUCAAUGAAUUUGACCAAUACCUUCCGCCCAACGGACACGCUGGCCACCCAGGCCAUGUUGGGGGCUACGCGGCAGCGGCGGCUGCUGGCUACGGCCUCGGGAGCGCCCUGGCUGCAGCCAGCGGACACUCUGCCUGGAUCUCCAAGCAGCAUGGAGUCUCCUUGUCCACUGCCACCUCAUCGGUGGUAGACUCCAAGGCCCAGGUGAAAACGGAGGGGUCUGCCCCUGGAGGUCAUUACACCGACCAGCCGUCAACCUCCCAGAUAGCUUACACAUCCCUGAGUCUGCCCCACUACGGUUCGGCCUUCCCCUCCAUCUCCAGGCCACAGUUUGACUACCCGGACCACCAGCCUUCAGGACCCUACUACAGCCAUUCCAGCCAAGCCUCUGGCCUCUACUCUGCCUUCUCUUAUAUGGGACCUUCCCAACGUCCCCUUUACACUGCCAUCUCUGACCCUGCACCCUCCGUGCCACAGUCCCAUAGUCCCACACACUGGGAACAACCCGUGUAUACGACUCUCUCCAGACCAUAG